AUGCUGUCCCAGUCCUGCUGCGUGUCUCCAGCGCUCAGCCGUUCUCUCGCCGCCUUCCAGAAGGGGAACUGCCCUCUAGGGAGAUGUUCCCUGCCUGGGGUAUCCUUAUGUCAGGGAGCAGGUUACCCUGACAGCAGGAAGAUUGUCUUUCCCAGCAGUGAUGGCUUCAGUCUCCGCUUCUUCAGAACCACAGCUGCGUGCCAGGAUGGCGUGAUCACAGUGAAGACUCCCGCAUUUGCGUCUGUCACAGAGGGGGAUGUCAGGUGGGAGAAAGCUGUUGGAGACGCCGUGGCGGAAGAUGAAGUGGUUUGUGAGAUUGAAACUGACAAGACGUCUGUGCAAGUCCCGUCUCCAGCGCAUGGCGUGAUCGAGGCUCUCUUGGUACCGGAUGGGGGCAAAGUAGAAGGAGGCACUCCACUUUUCACGCUGAGGAAAACUGGUGCUGCUCCCGCAAAGGCUAAGCCAGCUGAAGCUCCUGCUGCUGCCGCCCCAAAAGCAGAGCCAGUGGCAUCAGCCGUUCCUCCUCCCGCUGCACCACCCCUCCCCACGCAGAUGCCCCCGGUGCCCUCGGCCGCACAGCCUCCUGUGAGCAAACCGGUAUCUGCAGUCAGACCCUCUGCUGCUCCCCCUGGAGCUGAGCUAGGCGUUGGCAAAGGUCUGCGUUCAGAGCACCGGGAGAAAAUGAACCGGAUGCGGCAGCGUAUUGCUCAGCGUCUGAAGGAGGCCCAGAACACGUGUGCCAUGCUGAGGACGUUCAGUGAGGUGGACAUGAGUAACAUCCAGGAGAUGAGGGCCCGGCACAAAGAUGCUUUUCUGAAGAAACACAAUCUCAAGCUCGGCUUCAUGUCGGCCUUCGUGAAGGCCACGGCCUUCGCCUUGCAGGAGCAGCCUGUCGUAAAUGCAGAAAGUUCUGAAAAACAAAACCACCAUUUAAUUUCUGCUGAGGAUGUAGAGAGCCUGGAAGUAUCAUCCAUUGCUGUUGGGAUUGUAAAAUGA